CUGAGUCGCUUAGAGCCGCGCUUGGUCUCCUCAGCUCCAGCUCUCUGCCCUUUCUCGCAGGAGGGGUGACGCUCCCUCUUUCCUUGCAAGCAUCAUGUCCGACGUCCUCAUAUCGGUGGAUUACGAAGUGUUCGGCAGGGUUCAAGGUGUAUGUUUCAGAAUGUACACAGAGGAGAAAGCUAGGAAAGUAGGAGUAGUUGGCUGGAUUAGAAAUUCCAGAGAAGGGACAGUUACUGGCCAAGUUCAGGGCCCGGAAGAUAAAGUAAAUGAGAUGAAGAACUGGCUGGCCAAUGUUGGAAGUCCUAGCGCACGCAUCGAACGGGCCAAUUUUUCUAAUGAGAAGGAGAUUCCAAAACUUGACUUCGCUGGGUUCAUCACAAGAUAUUAACUGGAAAGAGCAACAGCAAGCGUAGCAUCAUCACACUGCUGCUGUUGCAUAAUAAUAUCCACACUUUGCUGAAGUGCUAUGAUUGCACUUUUGGGAAGCUUUCUGCAUGCGAGGAAAAUGUAUCGAUUCUCUCAUUUGCAUUCAGUAGUCAUUGUGUGUUGGAUUAGUGGGCUGGGGGCGGGGGAUAGACCACCUUUGCAGGUGCAGGACCCCUCCCCAAAUUAAGGCCAUCUCUACAGAUUGCAAAAAGCAAAUAGGAACCGAUCGCAGGGCAAAUGCAAAUGUGAGCAAAGCAAAGUGGAUGUGACUUUAAAUUAUAUUUUUAUGUCUAGCGUUUUUCCCCCCUUUUGAAUAAUAGCUAUUAGAAGAGGAGAUUUAGUUGCAAUGAAAGCAUCUCUCUCAGAGUUAUUAUUAGCUUGCGGAAGCAGUUUUCAUUGAGAACACGGCACAGAGAGAACGGUUUGCUGCCCCCUCCCUGCACGCCAUAGUCUCAGUCCUGAUUGGGCCAUCCAUGGCCGUUAAUUAGAAGUGAGUUGGGCGGAGCAAGGGGGGGGAACCUAGACACAUUAAAUACAAUCAUGCAUUGAAUGUCCCGUCCAGCUUGAUCCACUGUCCAACACAUAAUUAAGUAGGCAUGGUGUAUUAAUUUCAAUAGGAAUUCCAUGCACAUGGCUGUAUCUGGUUGUGGCCUUGGGGAUUAUCCCUUUCUUAGUAGGCAUGUUAAUGUGUUUAUUUAUACAGCAAUCAAAUGCAUAUUUAUUUGGAAGGAAGUUCCAUUGCAUCGAACGGCGCUUACUAGCAGGGCAAUGUGUAUAGGAUUUCAGCUUUACUGAUCUUUCUCAGCAAUACUACACCUUACGUCUUAAAGCUCACACGUGACCACAUAAAAUAUCAGUCUGAUUCCUUUAGGGCACAAUCCUAUGCAUGUUUAAACUGGGGAAAAAAGUCCUACACUACCCAGGUGGGAAUUGUAGACCUUUUUCUGUCUAAACAUGCAUAGGAUUGUGUCCUUAAACACUUAACCUUGGGCAUCAAAAGCUAGCCCCAAACAGAAGGGCCUUGCAGUAGUUCUACUCAGGUUUGCAAAGCCAGUUUCUGGGGCUGUUCACACAGUGCAUUAACCCACACUCAGUGGUUGAGUGUGGGUUGUUUUGAACCUUGGGUUGUUUGUUGAACCAUGGGUUAGCGUGUUGUCUGAACUCAGCCAGGAUGGCUUAACCAUAAUGGCUUGUUAACCAUGCAGUGUAGCUUGCUAACCACCGCAAACAACCCAACAACAAACCUUGAGUUCUCAAAGAGGCUUGUUUGAGAAUAUAAGCCACAGCGACUGGUUUCACAAACACACUAACCCACACUCAGUGCAGGUUGUGGUUGAACUGUGGGCUAGCAUGUUGUCUGAACCCAGGACAUUUUCCACAGGGUGGCUUAUAAUAAAACCAUGCAGCGUGGCUUAUUUUUCUUGAACAAGCCACCUUGGGAACACAUGGUUUGUUGUCCUGGGUUCACACAACACACUAACCCACAAUUCAACAGACAGCCCAUGGUUCAACAACAACCCACACUCAACCACUGAGUGUGGUUUAGCAUGUUGCGUGAACCCAGCCAGUGUUUAAUUUUAUAUUGUAAACUUCUUAGGGCAUUAACGUUUUGGAGCACUGAGCUUGCUUUGGAAGUGCCUUUAAUGAAUUCAAUCUACAUGUACCUUUCCAGGGUCAAAAUUAGGGUAGUCCCCUAUGAAACCACCAAGAAACCUGGAACAGAUUUAUACUUUCAAAAUAUUAACGAGGCACUAAAUGAACAAAUAAACAUUUUAAAAAAUGAA